AUGGUAGAAGGUAAAGGCGGGGCUAUCUGCUUAUUAUUCACUGCUGCUACAAUAAAUAGUACCUUGUUUCAUAAAAUCUAUGCCAAUGAUGGAGCUGUAUUUGAUGUUGACGGUAUGAUUAGCUAAUUAAAAGUGUAUCACAGCAAUGUGACAGAAAUAUAAAUAUAUAAUACUGGAGGAAUAGCUAGAUACUGGCAAUCAAACACAAUUUUUGGAGCAAGAGUAUUAGACUAGUAUUUCAUAAACUGUACUUUCACAGACUUUAUUUCUACAAAGAGAGCUUCUGGUUUCUACAUCGGAUAUGAAACUGGUAUCUUUGAUAUAAAUGGAGGGGGAGGCUCCAUCUUACUAUCUUCAGAUUAAAAGUACGGUUAAUCUGUUAUAAAAGAUUUUUUGCUCGAAACUAGAAUUAAUGAAGAGUCUUCAUCUCUUUUUUAUUCAAAUGAAAAAUCUUUUUCACUAGAGAUGACUGAUAUUCUAAUAGAGUGUUAACCUCUUGACUAAGAUGAUUAUGUAUAAGAUCAUACAAAAACAUAUGCUACAGCAAUCAAAAUUAAGAGGUCAUUAAAAGGUGUAACUUCAAAAAGAAAUAUCUUUAAAAAUUGUCAAAAUGUUGUAGAUGGCUCAAUAUUUUCAAUUACUUCAACUUCAUUGAUAGAUGAAGAUUCAGAGUAUUAUAAUAACUCUGCUAGUUCAGGUGGUAUUCUAGCUUGCACUACUUGUACAGUCCAAAUAACCAACUCUACCUUUCAUGAUAAUAAAGCAGAGUCUGGUGGUUUGUUUAUUCUAUAUGAAAGCUAUAAUAUGACUUUAAACUCUGUAUAGAUUUGGGAGAAUUAUGCUACCAAAAGAGGUGGAAUCUUUUUCGUUAACCAGAUAAUAGAACCAUCAACAUGUUCUGAUCUUAAUUUAACCAUUAUUAAUUCAACUUUCUACGACAUUUAAGCAACUGACGAUGGUGGUCUACUUUCUUUGACUAAGGGCAAAACUUUCUAUUUGAAAGAUCUAAGUAUUACUAGAGUUACAGCAAAUUACUUUUAAGUUGUAACAUCCAUAGCUCUCAUUAGAAAUUUUACUAUUGAAAAUUGCCAGAUUAUCUGUGAUUCUAACUAUUAAGGAGACUCAAGUUAAGAACUCGAUUAAAUUAGUCCUAAUUCUACUAAGUCUGGAAUUUUCAGCUUUUAAAAUGCAUAUGGAAUUAGUAUUUUAAAAUCCAAGUUUCAGCAGUGUUCAUCAUCAGUUCAGGGCGGAGUGUUUAAACUUUCAAAAGUUUCAUAUUUUUACGAUUAUAAUUCAAGGUAUCUUAUGAAUUCGGCAAUUUUUGGAGGGGUGAUUCACUCAUCAUAAUCAAGUGUUUCCCUUAAUGAGACAUAUUUUAAAGAUAAUUAAGCAAAUAGGGGUGGCUGUAUUGAAUUGAGUUAUGAUUCAUACUUAUUUAUGAACAAAGUCAAAUUUAGUAAUAAUAUAGCAUUUUCAUCAGCUGGGGUUAUAUUUGUUUAAUCAAGAUCAUACUUUGAGAUUAUUAACACUGAUUUCAGUAGAAACAAAGCUAAUGAUAGCUCUAUUAUUGAUUCUCAAUUCAGAGGUAAUGGAAUUCAAAACAAAGAUUUAUACCAAAACAGAGGAUCAUUUUUAUUUAUAAGCUUAGAUGUGAAACUUUCUAUUGAGAAUUCUUCGUUUAUGAAGGGAUUUGCCUAAUAUGGUGGAGUUUUAUAUAUUUCAGGAGAUUCUGAGAUAACUAUUUCAAAAAGUACUUUUGUCGAUAACUAGGCGGUUGAAAGCGGAGGAGCGAUCUAUGCAGAUGGAUUCUCAUUUCUUAAUAUUACUAAUGAAUCUAAACUAAUUAAUAACUUGGGAUUUUAUGGAGAUGAUAUCUACAUUUCUAAUUCAAAUGGAAUUUUCAGCUUAGAUUAAGUUACAAUAGAUAAUCCAAAUGCCAAAGGGUCAAUUGUAGUCGGUGAUGCACAAGUCUAUUUCUAAAAUGUCUUGAUGAAAAAUAUUGGCUUAGAGUAAAAAGUAAAAUCUCAAGGAGCUGCAUUAGCCUGCUUUAAUUGCUUAAAAAUUGAAAUAAUAUCCUCUGUAUUUGAUAAUCUUCAUGGUUCUUUGGGAGGUGCAAUAUAUUUAAACGAAGUGGAUCUUAGGAAAACAGAUAAUGUUCAAGCAAAAAACUAUUUUUUUAAAGACAGUAUAUUUAAAAAUUCAGUAGCAUAUGCUGGUGGGGCUAUUUAUUUGGACAAUAUCAAUAUCCUUUUCUUAGAUAACUGUACUUUUAUCAAUAACUAAGCAAUAUCAACACUAGAUCAAAAUUACAAGAUUUAUAAUGGUUCUGGAGGUGCUAUUUACUUUGAUUGUAAUUAAUAUGUACUAAAGUGCAGCUUUACUAUCUAUAACAAAAAUAAAUUUCAGGGAAAUAUUGCACAUUUGUAAGGAGGGGCAUUACAUUGGACAAAUAUUGAGCCAGAAUUUGGAGAAAAUACUAUAUUUGAAAACAAUCUGUCAUAUCUAUAUGGAAACAAUAUUUCAUGUUUUGCUUAAAAUAUAUCUGGUGGUAAAAUUGAGCCUAUUUAUUUAGCAUUAACAGAUUAGUAUCGGUAGAUAGUAACAGCUGAUUCAACAAAUAAGAUUAGAUUAGUCAUUAAUGUAACUAAUACAUUGAACCACAAGUAUCCCCCAAUUAUAGAAGGAGAUUCAACAUUUUAUUUAUCAUAUGGAUUGACUGAAAUAAAAGAUGUAGCUUUCGCAGGAACCCCUGGUGAAUCUUAUAGUAUUUCUUUUUUAACUGAAGCUAUCGAUAAGACUAAGAAAGCCAACAUUUAAUACAUGAAUGCCAAUGGAAUGGAUUAAAUUGAUUUUAAAGUUGACAUCAAUUUAAGAGAAUGCGAAAUUGGGGAACAAUUUACCUCAAGUGGAAAAUGUGUUGAAUGUCCAAGUGGAUUAAGUUUUUCACUGACUAAAAUGAAUGAACCUGGAAAUUGUUAAUUAUGUCCAGAUUAAAAAGCCAUUUGUUAUGGCGGGACUUUUAUAGGACCAAAAGCAGGAUAUUGGAGAAAGGAUAACAUUGGAUACUCAAGAGUAGAAAAUAAAUUAUGUUCGAAAUGCCCUGAGCCUCUUUUCAACAUCUUGAGAUUAUUUGCAGUUUUCUUGCUCUCAGUAAUUAUUGUCAUAUUUUUGAUAAGGUCAACAUUAAAUGGAGCAAGAGAUAAAAGAAACAUUACAAGUGUCUAUCUCAAGAUAUUAAUGAACCACUUAUAAGUUAUAGUGCUGACAGCAUAAUUUGAUUUCUAAUGGCCUUAGAAAAUUUUAGAUUUUUAUAAUGGCAUUCGGCCUGCUGCUUAAUCAACUUAUCAAGUAAUAUCUAUUGACUGUUUCCUUGAUAUUAGAAGUAGCUAUGAAAAUGACUGGAUAAGAGUUUAUUUUCAAAAAAUUACUAUACUUUCAAUUUUACCUCUGCUCUUGGUUAUAAUUUCUAUUUUUUCUUGGAUAAUAUACUUAAAAAUAAGUAGGAGCAGAGCCGAAUAAACUGGCCGUAUUGUUUCAACUAUUAUAAUUCUUUUGUUUUUAGCUCACCCAAGCAUAGUGUAAUAUAUGUUUAGCAAUUUUAGAUGUUUGAAUAUUGAUAGCGAUUAGAGAAUUGAAGAUGAUCUUGAAGUGAUAUGUUGGAGUGAUUUUCACAAUUUCAUAAGUUAUUUCAUAGCAUCUCCAAGUAUUUUAGUUUGGGGUAUUGGAAUCCCGUUUUUUGCUUUGGUAUUAUUAUUCAAACAUAGAUCCAGACUUGAAUAGAAUGGCUUAAGAGAGCGCUACGGAUUUCUUUACAAAGGUUAUAAAAAAGAAUAUUAUUACUGGGAGAUAUUUAUAAUGUAUAGAAAGCUCAUUAUUAUAUUCAUUUCUGUCUUCUUUAAGAAUCAUGGUGUCAUUGCCUAAGCACUUGUAGUUAUGAUUUUCUAUAUUUUCUUUAUGCUUUUGACUUUUAAAUUGAACCCUUUUAUUAAUAUAACUCUCAACUAGCUAGAAUCAUUAUCUUUACUAACAUCAAUGCUAACAAUAUAUUGUGGAUUAUAUUUUAUUGCUAAUAUCCAUUAAGAUUGGCUAAAAAAUGAACCUGAGCUUAAAAAUUUCCUUAUACUCAGCGAGGAUGAAAAAAUGUUUUUCUUUAGUGUUAUUUUGAUAUCGAAUUUAUUAUUCUUUAUCCAUUGGCUAAGCAAAAUGUUUAAAGAAUUGCAAUUCAAUCUAAUGAUCAAGCUUCCAAAGUUAUAUCUCUUCUUUUGUAUGUUUAAUGACAGCUAAAAGUUCAAGAGCAAAUUGAAUCAACUGAGGAUUUAGGAUGAAAGUGAGAAUCUACAUGAUGAGUUCGAUAGAACUUAACGGUAAUUGAAAGAGCUUUAUCUCAGUGGAAAACUAGUUCUUAAUAAGAAAUCAGUUGAAAAACUCCAACUUAUUUUUAAUCCUGACCAAGUCUUAAGAUAACUAAAGCAGGGAGGAUCUUUAGGAAAUAUAGAUAUGCUUGCCUCAGAUUUAAAAGGUUCUCAAGUAUAAAUAUAGGAAAAGUCAAAGCUCAGGAAAGAAAGGAAAUUAAAAAUCGCGAAAAUUUUGAACGAAACUUUAUUAGAUAAGGAAUUGCAAUUUAAUGAAAAAGUAUAAGGAGAGAAGGAACUAUCAUUUUCAAGCUAUUAAAAAGGUUCUAAAAAAGUUGAGAGUGAUUAUAUCAAAAAUAAAUUCAAUUUCUUAUCUCAAGAUAGAGCAAAUGAAGAGACAAGAUUUAAUGAAAUUUCCUAUUUUAAUAAUACUAAUACAGAUGAUAAUAAUCUACUAAAGAAUAACUUUUCAACACCUAAAAUCAUUUUCUAGAAAAACUCCAUUGAAUUUGAUACAGAUUAAGAAGAAAGUAAGGAGCUUAUUAUUAAUUAGAAAAAUUCCAAAAGAGUUGGAAGAAUUUAAACUCCCCAUUUAGGUACACAGCAAAAUCAGCAAAACUCCAUUAAAUAUUAGAACUAAUCAUAGAUAAGGAAUUAAGAUUAAUUUGAGAAUAUUACUGAGGAUGAUGAUACUAUGAGAUCUCAUCUAAACCUUAAUAAGUUACUGUUUAACAAGCAAAGCUAAAAUGCAGCUUAAAUGUCCAAACUUAACUUUUAUCUUCUAUAGUCAUUUGAAAAUCAAAGCUAGAUAGUUGAUGAUGCACUAGAAUCAAUUGACUCAAAUGAAGAUAUUUAAAAGUUCAAAAGUUGUUUAAUUGAAAAUAAUGAUGAGUAAAACAUUGUAAUAAAGCCUAAAAGAUAAAAAACAAGAAAAGUAAAAGAUUCUGUAAAUGGCAAAAAUUCGAAUCGUUCUAUUGUAAGGAAUUUAACAGGUUGCGAUAGUCUGGGCACUCCUAGUUAAAGAUUGAGAGAACCAAAUAAUAAAGUUUAAAGCGCAAGUAUAGUAAAAAACUCAAUGAUAUCUAAGAAUGAAAUGAUUAAGAUUAAUAAUAACAUUACUCAAGAAAUUCAUACUUUAUUAAUCCUUGAUCAUCAACCUAGCUUUGAAUCCAAAACUAAUAGAAUAUAAGAAACUCAUAGUGAUGAUAAUUUUAAUCAAGAUGAGAUGAAAGAGGUUUCUUUAUAGGUCUCUGAAUAGAGUCUCUAAUCCUAGGAUAGCAAUGAAGAUCAUUUUGUUGAAAAUUUAACAGACUAUCAAGAAAAAUUAUCACUUUAAGAUAUAGAAGAAAAUUAAAAUUAGCUCUAUAAUCACUGA